AAUGUAGAUAUGUAGAUCUUGUGUGACAGCACAAUUGUACAAGCGCAUGCGCAGUAGGUGGAGCUACACCCACUCCUGUGACACUCCCAUUUAUUGGGUUACACCUACUGGUUACACCCACCAUACACGCCUACUGCUAAUUACCGUAUAGCGGGUAUAUUUCGAGGGUAUAAAUUUUUGCGGAUGGACCAUUACAAAGGAUUUCGCGGAUUUUAUUUUCGUGGUCUGAGUUCCAGCCUUUUGGCGCAUGCGCACAUCAACAUGCAGCUGUUACCACCACACCGUUAGCCUCGAAUCCAGGCCUAGCCUAUAACGGUGAGGCACCUCUUAUGUCGAUAGGUGUGGUCAAUAAUACUGAACACGCCUACUAUUCAAUAAAGAUAUAAAUUUUCGUGGGUAUAAAUUUUCGCGGUAGAGGCUCAAUCCGCGAAAACCGCGAACAUUUAUACCCUCGAAAUAUACCCGCUAUACGGUAACCUCUGAAGAUUAUUGCGCAUGCGUACAAAGAUCGCAGAUCAAACGGACACAUGGUCUUGAAAGAAGUUGUAGUUUGUGCAGUAGCCUUGCCGAUUGGGGGAUCCACUGUAAUCAUAGCUUGCUUUAGAUUAUUACUACUCGUUUGUAAGGAAGUUGUUUGUUGGUGAAAUGAGUUGGGAGAGUGGCAAAGGAAACCUCCCCUUGCUCAACUGGUUUAGAUGUGGAAAGGAGGUGUGUGUCGUCAAGAAAGACAAUUAAGAUGUCCCCAAAAACCCAGGUACCCUCACCAGUAAUAUGUCACUCUAUAUAGAUCGGUAUGGCCCUAACGUGUUUCUGAUGUGCCCCCCCCCCCCAGUCGGAGUCAAGAGGGGCCUAGAGUAAGUCUUGUGUUCAUCUUCACCUGAUUUGUAAGAUAGUGCCUGUUACGCUGGCCAAGUCGGGUUUCUACUGCUGGUCGUCGGGAAAUAAAGAUACCUAGAUGUCCCAAAAAUUCAGAUUCAUAUUAUUCUGUGAUCCGACGGACGUGUGCAAAAAGGGGUGUUGGAACAAACAUGCAGAUACGUGCCUGUUACACUGGCCAAGUCAGGUUUCUACUGCCGGUCGUCGGGAAACAAAGAUACCAAGAAAGACUAGAUGUCCCAAAAUCCAGAUUCAUAUCAUUCUGUGAUCCGACGGACGUGUGCAAAAAAGGUGUUGCAACAAACAUGCAGAUACGUGCCUGUUACGCUGGCAAGUCAGGUUUCUACUCCCGGUCGUCGGGAAGCAAGAUACCAAGAAAGACUAGAUGUCCCAAAAAUCAAGAUUCAUAUUAUUCUGUGAUCCAACGGACGUGUGCAAAAAGGGGUGUUGGAACAAACAUGCAGAUACGUGCCUGUUACACUGGCCGAGUCAGUGCUACUGUACUGCUGGUCGUCGGGAAACAAAGAUACCAAGAAAGACUAGAUGUCCCAAAAAUCCAGAUUCAUAUCAUUCUGUGAUCCGACGGACGUGUGCAAAAAAGGUGUUGUAACAAACAUGCAGAUACGUGCCUGUUACGCUGGCCAAGUCGGGUUUCUACUGCUGGUCGUCGGGAAAUAAAGAUACCUAGAUGUCCCAAAAAUUCAGAUUCAUAUUAUUCUGUGAUCCGACGGACGUGUGCAAAAAAGGUGUUGGAACAAACAUGCAGAUACGUGCCUGUUACACUGGCCAAGUCAGGUUUCUACUGCUGGUCGUCGGGAAACAAAGAUACCAAGAAAGACUAGAUGUCCCAAAAUCCAGAUAAUUUGGAUUCGUAUCGUUUUGUGAGCCGACGGACGUGUGCAAAAAGGGGUGUUGGAACAAACAUGCAGAUAUGUGCCUGUUACACUGGCCAAGUCAAGUUUCUACUGCUGGUCGUCGGGAAACAAAGAUACCAAGAAAGGCUAGAUGUCCCAAAAAUCCAGAUAAUUUGGAUUCGUAUCAUUUUGUGAGCCAACAGACAUGUGCAAAAGGGGUGUUGGAACAAACAUGCAGAUAUGUGCCUGUUACAUUGGCCAAGUCAGUGCUACUGCUUGUCGUCGGGAAACAAGAAGACCAAGAGAAUUGUGCUUCCAGCUGGACUGUAUGUAAUAGAAGACAUUCGAGAAUAGAACAAUUUAUUGUUGAUCAUGUGACAAUUUGUUUUUAUGAGUGCAUAAUUAUAAUUUUAA